UUGAAACAAGCUCCGAACCACUGAUUCGAAACAAAAGAUUCGUAAAUGUUUCGAAGCCUCAUGAAGCAGUGCUUCGAAAACGACCAUCACUACUCUUAACGUGAAAUGCUGUUGCGCAUCUAUACAGCAUAUUGUAGUACAUCUGAGUGUCAACAGAGUAUCAGAAGUGCUAACAGAGCCAGUCCAAACAUCAGUCCGAUAGCACCCGGAAGACAUACACCGACAGACUUCAGAUAAAGUGUAAUCAUGGCGCAUAUGUUUACACUUUCUGACAAUGAGUCAGAUACUGAAGACCAUGAGGACUCAGGCAGGACAAAAGUUAAGAUGGGAUCAACUCAAAGAAAGCAGUACCUCAACGUGACUGGUAAGUUGAAAAGAGAACAAGUGGUGAGGCAAAGGAAUCACUCAAUGAAUGAAGAGGCCCUAAAGGCGUCCGGCAUAGGAGAGGAAGAAGUCAAUUCUUUCCGGCGUCGAUCCAGUUCUGCUCCCCCUGCACUGUGGGCAGCUAAGAAAUAUGGCCGACAGUUGAGGAGAAUGAGUGAUGAAUUUGACAUCCUACUUGAUCAAGGGAUGAAGAGGGUAAAGAGUGCAGGAGCAGCAUCUAAUAUGCGCCAGUCACCCAGCUGGUUGUCUUUCCUUUGGAGUCACAAAGAAUCUGAUGCCGAGUCACGUCCUGCAGAGUGAAUGAAUGUCAACGUAUAAUGGAAAAUGGACUACUGUACAUAUUGAUGCUGGUACAAGAAUAGGAUGUGCCUGCAUUCAAAAAGCAAUUCCAUGAACUGGCUGUAAACCUUUUUUAUGAACUGCACUGGGACUCUUGGCUAAAUGAAUAGAGAAUACACAAAAUGGAGAUAACCAUUUGACCUAAACUCUGAUAAUAUUUAUGCAUUAAAUUUAAUGAAUCCGAUCGCUUGAUAUCACCAUGUCUAAAGCACAAUCUUUCUGUCACUUUUGGUGAUACUGCAACAAAAUACAAUGAAAACUGUAUAGCUUGUAAGGGCUAAAAACUUUUCAUUUUGAAGGUAAAGACUAAAUUAAAUGAAGAAAUAGUUUUUAACAAACCAUAAUAACGUCCAAGAUGUUUAUUUGUAUAUAAAAAAAAUUGUGAAAUUGUAACAAUAUUUUUAGAAAAUCGUCUUUUCAAUAACGAUGAUAUUUUACUUGAUAGCAUCUAGAACAGCCCACACAGGGUAAAGGGACUUUGACCACUCUGAGGGCCCUUUUCCUUUAUUUUCUUAGAGUAAUAAACACUCUUGAAAAGGUCUAUACAGGCAUAUGUUAAUACCAAAAGCACAUGAGCCUAAACAACAACAAGUUUAAAUACCCAAAACAUAUUUUUUUUGAGUCUACUUAGCCCAAAGGAAAAGAACAGGGAGGCCAUCACCACUGGUAUUACUUGAAAAGAUUUCAGAUGUUCUUAUUUGUUUGUAAUUUUAAUGUUUUUAUCUUGUAUCUUGUUUUGUAUCUUGUAUAGCUUAAUAAAAAUAAAGUAACACAAUACUUUAUAUA